AUGGUUCGGACCUAUGCUUAUAACCCGUCGUCACAGGGUAACUUCUUCGGAAGUACAUCCAGCCCGUCUUUAAAUCAACAAGCUCGUCAACCGGCUAAGGAAGUGAGAGUGAGCGAUGUGGAGCUUAUUCCUGUACGAAAUUCACUUCCUCCGGCUCAAAAUGAGCAAUCUUAUUCCCAACAAGCUGUCCCGGCUUGUCCUUGUCAGCUGCCUCAGCCUUUCUACACUCCUUUUCAUUCACCUUAUGUCGAUCCGAUUGGCUCAAUAGUUGGACUAAGAGUACUGUAUCUUGAAGGAAAAUUAUGCUACGUUCCGAUUGAACCACAGCUCAACUAUAUUAUUAAUCAACAAUUUGGAAAUGGCCUUUGUAUGCAUAUGGGUAACCGAUAUCUUUCACAAAAAGAAGACUUUCGCUACGUAAACAACUACGAUUCCCAAAAUGAUAAUCAGAAUAAUCAAAUCCAAAGACAGAGCCGCUACCAAGCACCUCCGCCCCAAAACACCACUAAACCGCAGCAGGAGCAAUACGCUGCCGGACGUGACAUGGCCAGCACCUUCGCCACGAUUUCGACGAAAACACGACAGCAGGAAGAUGUGGAGGAGGAGCCACCAUGGUUAGUAUCACAUCCUCAACCAAAAUCAGGAGUUCGACGUUCUCAUCAAUGGCGCGGAGAUGAGCCUGAUGCACCACGAGCACCUAACUAUGGGCCACAACCACCAGCACCUCGGCCAGAAUCUCGCGCAAGAGCUAAUUCUCUCAAAACUUCGUAUGCUGCUCCUGUUGUCGAACAAAACUCUCAGAAAAAGCAGUUUAUGUCAGCUGAGGACCAAUACAAAGCUGAACUUGAAAGGCAAAUUGAGGAAAAUAGGAGAAGGCGCGAGCUAGAAAAACAGAAAGAAAAAGAAGAGGAAGAGCGCGAGAUGCGGAGGCUAGAAAAAUACAAUGAAAAAAUCCGGCAAGAAGAAGAGGCGGAGAAAAGAAAGCAAAUGGAAAGAGCAAAAGCCAUGGAAAAACAUAGCGCAGAAGUGCGUGAAGCUAAUUUGAGAAGAGCAAAAGCUUCACCAAGACGAGGAAGGGAUUCGCCAUCAGAUGAGCCUCGAAGACUUGAAUGGUGGGAGAAAAAACCAACAUGGCAGCAAAAAAUUACUGCUUCUGUAACACAAAUUUUCCAAUUUCUAUGCAAAUUUGGAGAUUUAUGA